CUCCUCGCUUGUCCAUCUUCCCUCUUCACACCUUCUUCCAUCAUCAUCAUCAUCAUCACCCGCAUUGUUGCCCACACCCACCUUUGAGCCUAGCAUCAUCACUCCUUCUGAUGCUUUGUCUCGUGCCCUUCCUUUGAACUACAGCACCUUACCUACUCUGCUUCUUUCACUGCCUCUCUCAGGCCGCUGUCACUCCUUCCGGCGCCGAGCGACUUCUUCUGCUGCUGCUUACUACUAGUCUUUCACUUUCUCUUCCUCCCCUGUUGCGCCGCCGGAGACCCGUCCCUAGCGACGUUCACGAGCGACGACCGACAUACCGACACGCAGCGAGCCAGUGGCCUACCUACAUUACCUACUUACCCACCUGCCCGCCUGCCUGCCUGCACCUUCCGUCCCGGCGUCGGUUUUCCCCCUGUGCUGUCGAGUGUGGGUGUAAUACCGCCACACCUCAGCUUUCAUCCAUCCAUCCAUCCCUUCAUCUAGGCCCGUGGCCUCAUUCUUCUCGUCCAAUCGGGGCUUCCACUAAGCGACCGGGACCACGAACGCAUCCGAUAUCAUUUGAGAAAGAGCACAUUUCACCCAGGCUGUGCCACGAAUAGACGAAAAUCUCCUAUACUGUAUCAUACACAACGCGACCAUGGCCGAUGUAAUGGCACUCCCUCCUCCGCCUGUCCACCAAGCACAGACACCUCAGGACUGCAAGUCCAGCAUGGCCUCGUCCACAUCACCGGAGAGCAUUCAGCGCAGCAACUCCGUCCACAACAACAACAAUGCGUCUCGUCGCCCACCGCGGAAGAGCACGCUCACCCAACAACAAAAGAACCAGAAGCGGCAGAGAGCUACUCAGGACCAGCUGAUGACACUCGAGGUGGAAUUCAACAAGAACCCCACACCUACUGCUUUAGUACGCGAGAGGAUUGCCCAGGAAAUCAACAUGACCGAGCGUUCGGUGCAGAUUUGGUUUCAAAACAGGCGCGCCAAGAUCAAGAACAUUGCAAAGCGGUCGAUAGAGAACGGCGAGGAUUGCGAUAGUAUUCCCGAGUCGAUGCGUCAGUACCUCGCGAUGCAAGCAUAUGCUCCAGGAAAAGGCCUCUCCCCGGGAAUGCUGGGCCGCGGUCCUGGAUUUGGGCCGUUUGGAUCGGGAGGCUUGAUGCUUAAUCCCGACACCACAUCUAGCAAAGUGGUCAUUCAGCAUUUCCAUUGUUGCCGAUCGCUUUCCAUUGGCACAUGGCGCAGAGUAGGCCAGAGCACGAUGGACUUGGUCAUCUUUUAUUCGCCUGACAAGGCUUGCGUCACCUAUUACAUCAACAACGACUCGGCCGGCUAUAAAAUUGAGUAUCCCUUCGCAUGGAUUAAGAACAUCACACUGGAGCAGGGCGAUGUUCUCGCAGCUGCGGAAGGUGCUUCGCAGAGGUCCGGUGGCCUGAUCAUCGAACUCACCCGACCGCCCAAAUUCUACAUGGACAGCUCUGGAAGCGGUGGCUUCUACGAAUGUGGCGACUUCACCGAAGACCAGCAGGCCAGCCAGGUCUUGGUGCAUCAGUUGGGUGGACCUUCGAAGGUGCUGAGUGGUCAACUUGCAAAGCUCGUUUCUUUGGAGGCAUACCAGAACCGACACAACGUGUUUGACCCCAACACGUUCGCAGUAUCUGCGCCCGUGUCACCCAUGGGCCGACCUGCCAGUCAGCCCAAUCACAUGAUGCACCCACAUAGCGGCAUGCACCUGUUCCCACCCCAGGACCCUCACGCGGGCAUGAUGGGGCCUCCGGGACCUCGUGGCCACAAGCGUCAGCGCAGUCGCUCUGUUCCCGCGGCGAUUGACUUCAAUAUGUUCCGCAGCGGACAGAUGCCCAUGCCGUCGUUCCUCAUUCAGGAAGAGAACCAGCCCGCGACGGUACCGAUGCAAGACCCCAACAUCUUUGCUCCCGUACCACAGCAUCAGAUCCCGCAAGGUUUCGCCAAUGGUGCUGGACCGAAUCAUCUCAGCAUCGACACGUCUCAGAACUACAACAGCAUGGGCAUGCCAUUCAAUGGACCCCUGUCUGCAACCACUGCCAACUCACCGAGCGAAUUCGGCACUCCUGGAUUCUUCUCCCAGGCACCUUCAGGGGAAGGUUUGCAGCCCACGCACUUUAAUCCGCACAUGAGCAAUGGAUUUCUGACUGUCGACUCGGGGCACAUGCUUGGCACCAGCACCACACCGCUAUCGAUGACCAGUCACGGUGAUCCCGUUAUUGCCGACCACUCCCCGCCGUUGAAUGGUAUGGGACGAAGCCAGAGUGCUGAUAUUUUCGGCACACCGAACGAGUCAGCGCAACUUGGUAGCGAUGAUCUGUAUCUGUCAGAGUCUUUCAACAAGCAGAUCGCACUGCCAUUUCGAAGUCCCAUGAACGAGGAGUCGUUCCACUCGCCAAUGCCCGAGGGUAUGUUCAACUUUCAGUCACCCUCCUCCGGCAACGGUCAGGACGGCAACAUGAACGGGAAUGGGCAACAGCAGAUGAGUUAUCCCAGCCCAUCGCAGCAAAAUGGGUCGAACUACCAAUCACCGUCUGGCCAGCAUCAGGACAGCGGUGUCUCCUUCUCGACGCCAUCACACGAGACAUCUCAAGAGAAUGGCAUGCUCUACAACGAGUCUAAGAUGUACACGAGCCCCGGGCAAAUGCAGCAGCUGCAGGAUGACAUGUUUCAACAUCAGAGCCCUGGCAAUGGAUUUGACAUGCAAAGCCAGCAAAUGUUCGGCUUCGUCGAUCCCAACAAUCUCGGACAGCAACAAUGAGACAAAUUUGCCAAGACAGAGAGAGAGAGAGAGAGAAAGAGAGGCAAUACUGAACGAUUACGACAUAGGCACUGAUAGGCCGAUAUGCAUGGCUCUCGCACCCUGAUUGGCGUUGAAGACUUAUAAUUCAUAAUAUACCCCGAAAUUUUUGUGGAUGCUUUACAAAGCUUUUUUUUUAUGUUGGUUGUCGUGCAGGGCGAGAGAGGGAGCCUGAGGAGAAAAGGGAAUAGGAAACACCACAUCUGGGUGCAAAGCUUUACGACAAUGUCUAAUUUCACGGCGUUCACACGGAUGCCGCUAUGCGAGCGAGCGCGGAUCACUAGAUCUGUGCAAUGACGGCGAAGGAUGGGAGAAGUCUAUAAGCACAUGUUUCUGCUUUUGGGGAGGCGUAUCAAUCGGACGGCUGCGCACUUGGUUUGGAUACCCAAGAGAGACGGAUGUCUCGGGGGAAUUGUGGUUGGAAAGGAUAUUGGACAAGUACGAUUGAUAUUGCACUGGAGCGGUAGUUGGGAGGGAAGUUCAUCGAUUGUUGCUUCGUAGUUACCUCGUCACAGCAGUAGUGUGUGCGCAUAGCCUCUGUUCACCCACCCAUUCUGGUAAUGGGAUGGGAAGGCGUGAGAAAUCCAAGAAUAAAAAAAC